AUGGGUGGAAGGCAGACUGACUUUUGUUCAUUCCCAGAUAAUUCCUUAGAUUAUCGGAUGAUGCUCAGGUUCCGGCCAAUAGCCCCAAAGCCGAUCGACGGUCAAGCCAACUCGACCCACUUGCUGCCCGAAAAAACAGACGGCAAAAGUGUUGGAAGAGUACUUAAAAAGAAGAAAUAUGCAGGAAAUAGAAAAAAUAGUCAACUUCGUAAUCCCAAGAGAGAGAGGCGCAAUAGAAAAUCGCCUGUUGAACCGUCAUCAUUAACCAGCGAGCAGGGUUCCAGUUCGAGGGACGAUAGUUUGGUGACGCUUCAGCUGCUACCGAAAAGAUCAGAUGAUGAUAAGGAGCAGGACUUGAAGAGUACUGGCCAAGUUUGGUGCUCUAAUGCUGAGGAUUAUCCCAGAAAUCCCGACCUUAGAUGUCUUAGUCAAUCGAGUUCUAACGAUUUUGUUGGUUAUGAGAAGCCGGUCGCUAUGAUUGAAUCGAGGGUUAUCGUGGAAAGAGUACUGACAAAGGCAUGCAUGGAGUUGGAUGGAUUAGGGUUAGGGUUUUCGGACGUGGACAAGAUCAAUAAAAUCUGCGCAGAUCCCUGUCCAGGAUUUGUAUCGGAUUUUUCAGGGAAGGUGCAAUGGGUGAACGAGGCGUUUAAGAAGCUGGUGAUAAGUGAUCAAGAACAUAAAAAACAUCAUCAUCAGGCAACGGAGUUGGGAGUAGAGUUGGUGGUAAAACAAGAGUACUUGCCAUAUUGGGAUCCUUCGUUUGCGUGCACGGUGAGAUUUGAGUACGUUUGGGAUGGCCACAAGUGUUCAAGGGUCAUUCCCUGCGACGUAUGGAGGAUGGACUUCGGUGGCUUUGCAUGGAAACUAGACAUCAACGCUUCACUCAGUUUGGGCCUUCAAACUUAUGCGGGUUACUGA